AUGGUUGUGUCGUCAACGACGAUAAAGGCUGGUAGGGGGGAGGCGCCACCGCCGUCGCCAUUACUGCCGGCGGCUUUCGCCAUCAAAUUAGUGAGCAUUCGGUUGAUAUUCUUGUCCGAAGAGGCGUUCAUCAAAGGCAUACUAGGAUCGGAAUUGGAAGAUAAUGAGGAAGAAGGAGAAAACAGAGAACUCGAUUCCAUUGAGGGGGGAGAGCCUUAG